AUGCUCCAGUCCCUCAUUGAGCAAAAGCAAGUGCUGGGGGUGUAUGUGUCCGAGCAUGAACUCCCUGACUAUCUCACCGCUCACCAAUGGGCUCUUAUGGAGAAGACUGUUGCCAUCCUCGCCCCCUUUGAGGAACUAACUAAAAAAGUGAGCAGCUACGACGCACUAGCCUCUGAUGUCAUCCCAGCUGUGACUGUGCUAGUGAGACUUCUAAACAGAGAAACAGACGAGGACCACGGCGUCAAGACAAUGAAAGCAACCUUACUGGCAGCUGUCAAGAAGCGCUUCAGUGACGUCGAGACCAACCCACUGUACUUCAUCUCCACCAUACUUGACCCAAGGUAUAAAGAUCGCUUCUUCUCCAACAACACUGCUCCGGACGCCAAGCUGCACCUGAAGCAGGAGCUGCAGAUGAUGUCCAGAGCUGAGGCAGAGGGGAGUCGGGCAGAAGCUGCAGAACCUCCUGCUAAACUGUUCCUCAAGGCCCAGGCCAGCACUAGCAGCAGUCUGGAUACUGUAUUUGAAGAAAUCGCUAAGGAGCGCCCCAGGCAGCACAGCCGCUGGCAGCAGGUACUGCCAUUGAGCUCGACAAACACCUCGGAGAGGCCCCAAGCCCUCGUGAAGACAGUCAUCUGA